GAUUCCAAUUAGUGGUGGGGAUAGUGGAAAAGAGUAGGAGCGUUGAGGAGCGUGUACUUGCAGGGUGCUUGCUUUGGGAUCUUCCUUGGAGUCUUUUAAUAACUAUUAAUUAAUCUUUAUGAGUGAUACAGUUUAAUUCUAUCUAUAAAAAUGAGCGGCAAACAAGGACGUGAGUUAGCUCUGUCAAUGCUCCGAGUACUGCCCCGUGUAACUUUGGCGAAUAUUCGAGAUAAUCCUGGCUCAAGACAAACUAAAAAAAGAGGCAGAGCUCAGCACGGAGGUGAUUACCAUGGAGCAGGAAAUAAGGGAUCAGGUCAAAGGCAAAACUACAUGCGUCCUGGUUACGAAACUGGAAAUAAUCCAUUUUACUUGAGAUUUGGUCUCGAGCCAUAUUAUAAAGGGCAUCACCUGAGGAGACAGUACCCACCUUUGUCUUUAUCGAAACUUCAACAAUUCAUAGAUACAAACAGAAUAGAUGCUUCGAAACCUAUAGAUCUCGCAGCUCUACUGAAUACUGGACUUUAUCAUAUAUCGCCACCCAUGAAACAUGCAGGAGUUCACCUCACUGAUGAGGGAGCUGACGAGUUUCAAGGAAAAGUUAAUAUAGAAGUUCAAUGGGCAUCAGAGCCUGUAAUUGCUGCAAUUGAACGAAAUGGCGGAGUAAUUACGACAACCUACUACGAUCAACAGAGUUUGCAUGCUGUAUUGAAUCCCAGAAAGUUUUUCGAGAAAGGUGAAGCUAUUCCAAGAAGAAUGUUGCCCCCCAUGGAUUGCUUGGAGUAUUAUUCAAGCGCAGCAUCUCGUGGAUAUUUAGCAGACCCAGAAAAAAUAUCUCACGAGCGCUUGGUGCUAGCGCAAAAGUACGGCUAUAAUCUUCCGAAAAUUGAGGAAGAUCCUCAAUAUGAAAUGCUGUCUGAACGUAAAGACCCUCGUCAAAUAUUCUAUGGACUCGAGCCAGGCUGGGUCGUCGUCCUCAAGGACAAGGCAAUAUUGAAACCAAAAGCCGAUUAUUUGAAAGAAUUUUACCAAAAUUAAUAACCCAUGUAUUUAUAGUUCCUUAAAUAAAAACAUCAUGUACAGUAGAAUUAUAUAUUAUUUUCAUUGGAUUAAUGUCGUUGUCGU